AUGCCUAGCGCAGCCGGAGGCCAGCUGGGUCGCGGUGCGAUUAGCUCUUCGAGGGAGAAGAGCGAUUCAGCGUGCUGGCGACUUCCUUUCCCGGUCCUGCUGCCUUUGGCAUCCUUUGGUUACCACGUGCGCGAUUCUCUGCAGCUGAUGCCCGUACUGCCUCGCCGGUCUUCGUGGAACGACACCCUCGCCUUGAAGGGGCGCGUGCAAGCUGCCAUGCUCUGUAAUCUGAUUGCGGGCUGCUUGGGUUUCACGUGCCGUGCCCCAGAUUGGUGGACCUGCCACUUGCGCAUGGACCGAAUGGGCCGGCUGUACCACCGAGAAACCAAUCUGGAUCCGUUUCCGGAGCGUGCGGCACUACACAUUGCAAGAGGCAGUCGCAGAGGCGACAAGGCCUAUUUGAAAUGGCUCCCUCCUCCAAGCCUUAGUUUUCCACGACCGGAGUAUCAGCAGCUCUACCUCUUCGUCUACCACAAGGGCAUGUCGACGCUCUUCCGAAGCCUCUUUGCCGAGGUCUUGGCUUUCCUUGGCCUCUCCGUCACGCAGUAUCAGUGGCCUUCCAUGCCGCGCCGCUGUGGCGAGGCCGAUUUCACGGGGCUCUACGUGCAGCCCAAGGACUUGGAG